AUGGAGCAAUCCACUCUAUUCUCCAUAAAAAGUUUGUGCAGAACCUGCACCACAGACACAACAGUUGGUGAUGCCUUUAAAGUCAAUGCCAUUUGCAUUUUCGAGCAUAUCAAUGAAAGUCCUGGCAGUCCAACGGUAAUGGAUCUAUUAAUAAAACUGCAACCUGAAAUUUGUAUCGGAUUCCAGGAUAAUUUACCAAAGACAGUGUGUAUGGCAUGCAUUGAACAAUUGCAAAAAAUCUAUGAAUUUUUGGAAGCCUAUAAACAGGCCAAUAGCAAAUUAUUGAAAUUAUUAAAUGGUAUUGAUUUGGAAGAGACGGUAAUGUUUGAUUCUGCGAAAAAUGAAUCGGAAAAAAUGGCCUUUGAAGACAAUGUCGAUGAAGAGCCGAUAUCAACAUGUACAUUAAAUAAUAUGCUAGAUAUAAUUGUUACACCACCAGUGGGAAAUAUAAGCAACCAGCAUGAUGAUGUGAAAGUGGAGAAAAUGAUUGGUACGGAAUCCGAAAAUUCUGAUGGGGGUAAUAAUGAUUUGAAUGAAGGAAAUGAUCUCUUAAUGGAAAUGGAACCAAGUAGCAUAGUAGACUCUCAUUGCAAUAAGAAGGAAAAUAAACCCCUGAGAAAGAAAGGAACUAGAAAAAAUUCUAAAAUGAAAAAUAAAAAAGGUUGUACAGGAAAUACUGCUGCUAACAAGGAAAAGGAUACGAGUUCAAAUCAAAAGGAAGAAACUAAAGCCAGUUAUGAAUUUUAUUUCAAACAACAUCAAUAUAAGGACCAUUUAAGAACACACUCAGACGAAAAACCCUUCCUAUGUCCUGAAUGUGGAAAAGGUUUUAAAAUUCGAACGUGUUUAACGGCACACAUGAAACGUCAUACGGGUGUGAAAAGCGUUGUCUGUCCCGUAUGUCCAAAAACUUUUGUGGACAAAAGUGGUCUCCAUAGUCAUAUGUUUGUACACAAGAAAGAGAAGCCUUUCGUGUGUGACACCUGUGGAGCUGCCUUCAAUAUGGCCUAUUUACUGAAAAGACAUAGUUUUUUACACACAGGCAUAAAAAAUUAUGCUUGUACACAUUGUGAUCAACGUUUUGCCCGAUCAAGAACUCUACAUCGGCAUAUGCUUACCCACACGGGUGAGAAACCAUUUGAAUGUCACUAUUGUGAUCGGGCAUUUAGUCAAAGUAACGAUUGUCACACCCAUAUGAAAUCACAUGUCGGUCCCAAUAUACAUCUAUGUGAAUUGUGUCCAAUGCGUUUUCCUUUUGUCAGAGAGUUGCGGGCCCAUUUCGAUACACAUAAGAGUGAUGAUGAAGAAAAGCGCGCUAAGAAUCUUGAAGAACGCAGGCAGGAAGUGAAUAAUCUUAAAAUUAAUUUUGGUUAUAAAAAAGAUUGA